UUCCUAGCCUGUUUCUAACCUAUCUCUUGUUUGCGAACACAGUAGUACACGUGACACCUUUUUCAAGCAUUUUGUCGUUAUUCCAAUAACAUAUUUAUCUUUAUUGUGUACAGGAAUUAAAGUUAGCGAAAAGUUAAAGAAACAUGGCAAAGUUUUGUUUAAAAAAGACGAGCAAACGGAUGCCAGCUCGGAAGAGGUAUAAAAUCGAAAAAAAAGUUCGCGAACACAAUCGAAAAUUAAAAAAGGAAGCUAAGAAACAUCCAAAAACCAAACGAAAAGUAAUUGAAGUUCCAAACCAAUGUCCCUUUAAGGAAAAUAUACUGAAAGAAGUAGAGGCUAUGAAAAAACAGCAUGAUGAAGAAAGACAGAAACAGCGUGAAGCUGCACAUGAAAAAAAGAAACAAGAGCUUGCCAAAGGAGGUCUUGAAGGAUUGGUCUCAGCAGCACAGCACAAACAAGCAGAACAUAAGGAAAUGGAAACAGAUACUGUCCAUGAAAACAUAAAAAAUGUUUUAGCAAAAGAAGAAAACUCACUGAAAGCUUACUACAAAGAAUUUAAAAAAGUGUUAGAUGCAGCUGAUGUAAUUCUUGAAGUUGUUGAUGCCAGAGAUCCUUUGGGAACCAGAUGUAAAGAGGUUGAAGAAGCAGUAAGAUCUGCAAAAGGAAACAAGCGAUUAGUAAUUGUUUUAAACAAGGCAGAUUUAGUACCCAGAGAAAACUUGAAUCAAUGGUUAAAGUAUUUACGUAGUACAUUACCAGCUGUUGCAUUUAAGUCUUCUACUCAGGACCAGUCAAAAAGGCUGGGUAGAAGAAAAUUAGGAAAAAAGACAGAGGACAUGAUACAAAGUGGUACCUGUUUUGGUGCUGAAUUGCUUCUGUCACUACUUGCAAACUACUGUAGAAAUGUUGGGGGUGUUAAAACUAGUAUUAGGGUGGGAGUUGUUGGACUUCCAAAUGUUGGAAAAUCUAGUGUAAUCAAUUCCCUAAAACGUAGUAGAGCUUGUAAUGUAGGAAAUACUCCAGGAGUAACAAAGGCUAUGCAAGCAGUGCAGUUGGAUUCCAAAAUAAAAUUAUUAGAUUCUCCAGGAAUAGUCUUUGCUAAUAAUUCCGGAGAAAAUGGUGACGAAGGAUCGAUAGCUUUAAAAAAUGCAGUUAAGAUACAAUCUCUAAAAGAUCCGUUCACACCGGCAAUCACCAUUUUAAAAAGGAUUUCCAAGCCACAGAUAUUAGAAUUGUACAAUGUACAAGACUUUACAACACCUGAUGAAUUCUUUGCUAUGAAAGCCACUAGAAUGGGCAGGUUUAAGAAAGGUGGCAUACCAGAUACGGUAGCGGCGGCUCGUGGUAUUUUGGACGAUUGGAAUUCUGGAAAAAUCAGAUAUUAUACCGUUCCUCCUGAACAACCGGAUUGUCAAGUAUCCGCAGAAAUUGUCAGCCAGAUAAGUAAGGAAUUCGAUAUCGAAAGUGUUGUUACACAGGAGAAGAUGAUGCUUGAUACUUUCGAAGUGGAAUCCAAAAAUAAACCAGCUAUUGAACCAUUGUUAAUUGAGAGUUCUGGGCCAGUUACCGCUGCAAUGGAGGUUGAGAUGCAAAAGGAAACACAAGUCAAGAUACAGAACAAGAUAAAGAAGAAAGUGGAAAAGGCAAAGCAGAAUAAAAACGAAACAAGAAAGAAAAAAGUAGAUCCACUGUUUGAGAUUGAGGGUAAUCAGAAAUUAAAUAAACUUAAUAAGUUACAGUUUAAAAAGGAGAAGAAAGACCGAGCCAGGAGAGAAAAGGUAGCUGUUAAAUUGGCGGAUCAACUCGAAGGAUUCAACAUUACCGGUCCCGACGAUUACGACUUCAGUACAGAUUUCGUAGAAAAAUAAAUAUAUUAUAAAAUUGCUUAUUUACUAUAAAUAAACUAUUUAUAUAAUAGUUGAAUUCAGUUUAUAUAAUGUAAAUAAUA